AACCGGUUUCCUUGUAACAAAUCAUGCCUAUUUCAAAAAUUGUAGCUCGUUCAAUUUUCGACUCCAGGGGUAACCCUACUGUAGAAGUCGACUUAACCAUUGACAAUGGACCAGUUUUCCGUGCAGCAGUACCAUCUGGAGCUAGUACUGGUAUUUAUGAAGCAUUAGAACUUCGUGAUAAUGACAAAUCCAAUUAUCUCGGAAAAGGAGUUAAUACUGCUGUUAACAAUAUAAACAAUAUCAUUGCACCUGCUCUUAUUAAAGCGGGACUCAUAGUUACUGAACAAAGAGCUAUUGAUGAUAUUAUGUUAAAAUUGGAUGGAACUCCAAAUAAAUCUAAGCUUGGUGCCAAUGCUAUUUUGGGAGUUUCAUUAGCUGUAGCUAAAGCUGGUGCUUUCAAGAAAGGAGUUCCUCUUUAUAAGCACAUUGCUGAUUUAGCUGGAAACAAAGAAAUUAUUUUGCCCGUUCCAGCAUUCAAUGUCAUCAAUGGUGGUUCUCACGCUGGAAAUAAGUUGGCUAUGCAAGAAUUUAUGAUUUUGCCUACUGGUGCUAGUUCUUUCACCGAGGCUAUGAAAAUUGGAUCUGAAGUAUACCACAACCUUAAAAAUGUGAUUAAGGCUAAGUUUGGAUUGGAUGCUACAGCUGUUGGUGAUGAAGGUGGUUUUGCUCCCAACAUUCUUGAAAAUAAAGAAGGCUUGCGUUUAAUUGAAACUGCUAUUGAAAAGGCUGGAUACAAAGGAAAAGUUGAAAUUGGAAUGGAUGUUGCUGCUUCUGAAUUCUAUGUUGACGGAAAGUAUGACUUGGAUUUCAAAAAUAAGUCUGACAGUAAAGAUAAAAGCCAAAUUAUCUCAACUGAAGCUUUAACAGACUUGUACAAAGAAUUCAUUAAGGAGUUUCCAAUGGUUUCUAUUGAAGAUCCAUUUGAUCAAGAUCAUUGGGAAGCAUGGUCUACACUUACCGCAUCAACUAAUAUCCAGAUUGUUGGUGAUGAUUUAACUGUGACCAAUCCAAAACGUAUUGCCGAAGCUGUAGAAAAGAAAGCUUGCAAUUGCUUGUUGCUUAAAGUCAACCAGAUUGGUACAGUUACUGAAUCUAUUGAUGCACAUUUGUUGGCUAAGAAGAAUGGAUGGGGUACCAUGGUAUCUCAUCGUUCAGGUGAAACUGAAGAUACAUUCAUUGCUGACUUAGUUGUUGGAUUGAGUACCGGACAAAUUAAGACUGGAGCUCCUUGCCGUUCUGAGCGUCUCGCUAAAUACAACCAAAUACUUCGUAUCGAAGAAGAAUUGGGCAGCAAUGCUAAGUAUGCAGGAAAGAAUUUUCGCAACCCACAAGCUGGCAAUUAAUUAAUUCUUAAAAUGAAAAGCUAAGCAUCUUUUAAACAACUCUAAGUUAGGAGGAAUCAUAUACUAAUAAAUACCUUAUAAUUUAUAUUAAAAAAAAAAAACAAUAGUUGUUAUAUUAUUCAUAAUAACCGGUAUAUUCCUUUUGCAUAGAAAAAAUACGUACAAGAAUGUUGUUAAACAGCAUCCUAAAUUAUAUUGUUCAAUUGUUUAUGUUUUUGUAGCAAUUUGUUUUGUAUUAAUGUAUAGUUGUGUAAAAGCUGUUGAAGCUGCAAACAUUUUUAAAAAAAUUGAAAUAUAUAUUCUACUUGGUCAGUCA